AUGUCUGCUAUCAUUUUCUAUUGUAUGGCUGCGGCCGCCGUCUUUUCGACCUUGAUUUCUACGAUUGUUAGUAGUGUCACGUAUGCCACCUUACUCUCUUUAUCCUCGCACGACUCCGGACUCGCUCCUCUCGCCCUGGGUGCUAUCAGCUGUGGAGCGUUGAUUGGUCUUAGCAUUCUUUUGCACAAGGAGGUUCGAAGAAACGAACAAUGGCCUGUUUGGAAGACUGGAAUCUUCGGCUUCACGGGUGUCUACCUCCUCAUCGCCGAUGUAUGUUCUGCAGGAACAAUGAUGGCCAGCCUGCCUUCACUUUCGGGCAUAUGGAUCACCCGCUCGGUCUUUUGGGCCAUCACACUCCUAAUGCAAGGCCUAUACAUUGGAUUCCUUCUGGUACAAUUGACCCAGAAGAAACCCGAGCCAACCUGGCCGAGCUCAUUAUCCCAAGAGCUUAAGACACUGCCCGAAAGCCCCAGCUCGAUCACAUCUCCAUCAGCGCCAUACGAUCCCCAUGCCAGGGUAGCAGGAUUUGACACCAGAAGAUCCUCUCUCCGCAAAUUCCCUCGGCGAUCCAACCGUUACUCAGGUGGAACACUAUGUCUCCAAAACUCGCAAGAAGCCAAAGAUAGCUCAUUCGACACAGGCUCGUCUAUCUGCUCCCCAGAGCCAUCACCAAUUCAAGACCAUUUCCAGAUCGAACGAGACAAUCAACUGCUUCUCUCUGGUGGCAGCAUCCGCAGCAUGCCCAGCCUUCGAUCGGAAAGAAUCCAGCAAUCCCUCGAUCACCUAGUCUCUCCUUCUCCAACAGCAAGCACAUUCAACUUGGACUCUCCCGCUCAAUCCACAUUGAACUUGAGCCUGCCAGAGCGCGAACACAAUAUCCACCCUCUCUUCCGCUCCACCAGCCCAUGCCCAUCCCCCACUCCCACACUGGGGACCGUGGUGAAAGGCUCCCCGUCUGCCGGCCAGACUAUUACCAAAAAUACAUUGACGCGGAUGCGAUCCGCGCGCUCCCUGCGCGAGCUCAAUAUGCGGACUCCCUCUCCGCUACCCGAGAGCAGGCCUGAGCUUGUGCGCCAGGAUUCGGGGUCUGGGUUGUCCUUGAGCUACGUGAAACGGGCCGAGAAAUACGAGACAAGAUAUAAUUUGAGAGAAUCGCCGGAGGAAAGGUGA